UUUUUCGGUUACGGUGUUAAGUGGUCCUCUGUCUGUAAUAAGGCCACGAGUUGGCGGAGAUAAUGAUGCAGAUGGUGAUGAUGCAUUUCCUAUAAAACACUGAGAGAGAUUGCCAAGCUGCCCAUUCAUCGCUGGAGUCCCUAUCAAGAUUUUGCUGAUUAGGUUCACCUGCCUUGAUGCAAAACAGAGAAACUCACUUGAACAGCUUCGACACCAAGAAAAGUGGAUGCCACUCCGGAAAUGUUCGAAUGGGAAACUCUACAAGUUGAAAUAUCAGUUGUAGGAACUAUGCUACUGAAAUAAUAGGCAGUAUUUCUGAGCAUCGUAUUUCCCGUUCCAGAAACAGCUGAAAUCAACAGUUAUGCUGUGUUUCGGGAGUACAUUGUACCGAAAGACAGAAUAAACACCAGUACGCCUUAAGAAAAAGGGGAUAACGUUAACCUAACGAGACUAUCCUAAUUCAACGGCUAUACAAAAGUAAUUGUUAAACAACACCCAUCAGUACCUUGAUACAUGAAUAAAUUGUCAAGUUUAGUUUAGUUUGAGUGAAGACAAAAAGUUAUACACGAUAAAGGUACCUGGAAUGAUAAAGUGAAGGGGAAAAGGCCAGAGAGAAAAGCAGCUAAACAAAUGAGUGAAAGAAAAGUAGCAACUUCCAUUAACAAGUAAAAACACACCCAAAAUAAAGAUGGACAUCUUCUGGGAAUGCCUCCUUGCGUGUGUGACAGUAGUGGUGUUGACGGAUCAAGUGUUGGCAGUCAGGAAACCUCCACACAUUGUCUUUAUUGUGGCCGAUGAUCUAGGCUGGAAUGACGUUGGCUGGCACAACCCUGAGAUUUUGUCCCCAAAUCUCAACCGCCUGGCCAGGAAAGGAGUGACACUGGAAUCAGCUUAUGCUCAGCCUGCCUGUACACCGUCCCGCAAUGCGUUCAUGACGGGAAAAUACCCGUACCAUACACCGCUGCAGAUGGCAUUUGGGAUUCUGUAAUAAAAAGUACACACCCACUCACAGAGGAUUUGAUUCAUUCUUCGGCUUCUACAUGGGCAGCCAGUGUCAUUAUCAGCACACCAAACCUGACAGAAUCCUUCGCGAGCUUUCCAGUUCAGUUUCCCUCUUCUCAUCUAUUGGCGGAACAUUGCUCAGAAAUUUUGUUCGUCUGCACAGUGUAGGCCACGAAACUGGCCGUGACUUCCGGUUCAACGACUCAAUUUGGCGGGAAACGGAAGGGAAGUAUUCAACACACGCAUUCGCCGACCGGGCGAUAGAGAUCAUCCAGAGACACGACCCCGACACACCCCUGUUCCUCUACCUACCUUUCCAGGCUCCACACUCACCUAUAACGAAUAUUACAUGCGGUAGACUGGUUCCCGACCUUUCUCGAGAUCGCAGGGGGACGAAGAGGUCGGCACAACGACUGGUAUCCGGUUCCAGGGAUGAAACCGAUUAAGCGGAAACGAUUCAAAGGCGGCCGAUUUGAUAACGUGACGCUGGCAUCGGAUCCUUAUCUUUUGUUUAACAUAAAAGAUGACCCGUCUGAGAGCCGUGACCUGUCGAGGGACAAGCCAGAGGUCUUGGAAGCUCUGCUGGCUAGAUACCGGGUACUGAACGCCACCAAAGUGGAGCCGCACAGACCUGGCAGAGUUGCAGGAGCUGACCCCAAUCUAUACGAUGGUUUCUGGAGCCCCGGCUGGUGCUGACAAAACAUCGAAUGAUUAAAUUUGUUCUAGUUUUAGUUUAGUAAAUUUGACUUCUUAUUU